AUGAGUCAUCCUUCCCAUCCUCCACAUCCCUUAACUUUAGUACCUUUUCCUACAUAUCCCUCUAAUUCAUUUUUCUGCAAUUCAUGCAAUCUGGUAGGAAAUGGCUUUACUUAUUGUUGUUCUGAAUGUGACUUUGAUCUACAUGUCCAUUGUGCAUAUAAUCUAGCAAACCACCCUGCUAAUUUUCCAAAUUUCGCAGUCGAAACUCAAAAUUUUAAUCCUCAUUCUGCACCAAAUUUGCCUCAAAGUAGUACCUAUCCCUCCUUUCAAAACAACCCUUAUCCGAAUAUUCCUCCUAAUCCUUCCAUCCCAAAUCUUCAAGCCCCCAUUCAAAACAACCCUGUGCCAGUUUUCACCCCAACUAAACCAACAGUGCCAAAUUUUAGUCCUCCCGGGAGUGUAGCUAACGUAAAUCCGACACCACCGGCUCCUCAGAUAGUCAAGCCUCAAACGAAACCACAAGUAAUAAAGCACUUCAGCCAUCCACAUAUUUUGCAGCCUAUGGAAAUUAAGGACAAAAAUACUAAAGUUUGUUCUGCUUGUGAAUGUGACCUAUUUGGCUCGGCUUAUUGUUGCAUCGAGCCCCAUUGCAAUUUCAAUCUCCACAAGGCGUGCUUCGAAUCUCCCUUAGAGGUUCGACAUAAUUCCCACCUCGACCACCCUCUAAAGCUACUCACUGCACCGCCUUACAACGAUGGAUUUACUUGCAAUGCUUGCCUUAAAGAUGGUAAGGCUUUUUGCUACACUUGCUCGACUUGUUCGUAUGAUCUCCAUAUCGACUGCAUUUCUUGGCCUGAAACCAUGACCCGCGGAGAUCACAAACACCCUCUCACACUGUAUUACUCCCCACUGGCAGGAGAGGGAAAUCAGGUGACAUUCUCGUGUGAUGUGUGUAAGAGCCCUGUCCAUGAAUUGGCCUGGCUCUACUAUUGUCGAGAGUGCGAUUUCGGUACUCAUUUGGAAUGUAUAACUUCUGGAAUAAAAGAGAAUCCAAAUGUCCCGAAAACAGACGAAGAAUUGAUUCGUGAAACUGAACUCAAAUUGGCAGUACUUCAGCUCUUACUCAAUGGAGGCCGUGCCAUUACUUAA